AUGUCUCGCUCCAAACCCGACAUCUCCGACGCCGGCUCCUUCGCCGGUGCUGCCUUCACCUCCGAUCGCCUCAACGAACUCCACAUCAAAGACCACGUUCCCGUCGUCCUCGACCUCGACUCUCCUUCCUACAACGCAUGGCGCACCUACUUCGCGCUCCUCUUCCGCUCCUUCCGCCUCAUCGAGCAUGUUGAUGGCAGCGUCGACAUCCGCGACAUGAAGGACGACGGCGAGUGGCUUGCUGUGGAUGCCUGCAUCGUCAAGUGGCUUUUUCUCACCAUGUCUCCAGGUCUCUUCAACAUGGUGAACUCCCGUGAUCCGUCGGCGUACGCUAUGUGGACACGGCUGUGCGACCUCUUCCUCGACAAUCAACUCCAGUGCCGUGUCUUCCUCCAAGGUGAUUUUUUCACCAUGCAGCAAAACGAUCUCUCGAUCGACGAGUACUGCACGCGGAUGAAGGUUCUCGCGGACGAGCUCCGCGACGUUGGCAUGAACAUCGACGACUCCGUCCUCCUCACCAACCUCCUUCGCGGCCUCCACCCCGACCUCGGCCAAUCCACCGCCAACCUCUCCCUCAUCAUGCCGACGUACGCCAAGGCGGUCACGUAUCUUCGCAUGGAGGAGAAGCGUCUUCGUCACGCGGCGCGGCAAGCUCCUCUCGCCGCCCUCCACGCCGGCACUGUCAAGGGGCCCGCCGCCCUCCCGCAGCGUCCCCGCGCGCCGGCUCCACAGCCGCCCGCCGCCCCCUGA